GAGUAGCUGAGAGAGGCAUAUGGAGAUAUAUUAAAGAAAAAAGGAAUCCACUACUAGCUUUAGCUAUUUGAGCAAAACGUAUGUGGGAAGAGAGAGCGGCAGGGCAGAGAUAGGAAGGAGGCACAAUUCCACUCACUGGCCAACCACAGGGCCUUCUUGCUCCUCUUUCCUUCGCUCGAGAAAUCUGCAAGAAGCAGCAGGAGCUCCUCUACUUCUUCCGGCGUCUUCUCCUCAUAUUCCGACAUCUGGAGCAAGAAUUGGGAGUCCUCGCAUGGAUGCAGCCCACUGGCCCCAGGGGCUAGGGCAGCUGAAGCCCAUGGAGGAGAUGCUGAUGGGAACAGGCGCGAACCUGCAGGUGCAAGGGUCAAAUCCGAAUCCGCCGGCGCAGGCCCCGUCGUCGGCGUUGACACCUGGGGGUGCCGUGAGGGGUGGAACGCCGGCCAUGGCAGUGGCGGGUGCAGGUACCGGUGCCGGUGCCGGCGCUGGUAGCACCGAGCGGCGGGCGCGGCCGCAGAAGGAGAAGGCGAUCAACUGCCCUAGGUGCAACUCCACCAACACCAAGUUCUGCUACUACAACAACUACAGCCUCCAGCAGCCCCGGUACUUCUGCAAGACCUGCCGCCGGUACUGGACCGAGGGAGGCUCCUUGCGCAACGUCCCCGUCGGCGGCGGCUCACGCAAGAACAAGCGCUCGUCGUCGUCCUUGUCCUCCGCGUCCGCGUCGGCCGCGAGCACGUCGGUCGCCAGCUCGUCCAUGGCCGGGGCGACGGCCAACAAGAACCCGAAGCUGGCGCACGACGGCGCGGCGCACGACCUGAACCUGGCUUUCCCGCACCACCAUGGCGGUAUGCAGCAGGCGCAGGCGGAGUACAUGGCGUUUCCGAGCCUGGAGAGCAGUAGCAUGUGUAACCCGGCCGGCGGUAGCACAAUGGGCGCCCGGGCCGGUGGCGCACUCUCCGCGAUGGAGCUGCUUCGGAGCACCGGCUGCUACAUGCCACUGCAGGUGCCGAUGCAGAUGCCAGGAGAGUACGGCGCCGCGGGCUUCACUCUCGGCGAGUUCCGCCCGCCCCCACCGCACUCGCAGUCGCAGAACUUGCUCGGCUUCUCGCUGGAUGCGCACGGCCAGGCGGGCGGGGCUUCUUCGGCGGGGUACGGCUCAAGCGCGGGGAUGCAAGGGAUGCAGGACAGAGCGGGCAGGUUGCUGUUCCCGUUCGAGGACUUGAAGCCAGCUGCAAGCUCAGGCGCCGGUGGAGGUGAGAGCGGUGACGGCGGCUCUGCUGGCACCGGCGUGGAGGGUGGCCACCAUCAGUUCGAGCAAGGCAACAAGGAGCAACAAGGCAAUGGCGCCCCCGGCGGGCAAGACACCCCGGUGUUCUGGAACGGCAUGAUCGGCGGUGGCACUUCAUGGUAACGUGCGGCGGUGCACGGUGGCGCGCAUGCGCCCAUGCAUGCAUGGCUCAUGUGAUCUGAGCAACGGCUGGGCAUGCGCUUCCAACUGCAGAUAGGCACAAAGGUCCAAUAAGAUGGUAGCAUUGGUAAUGAUCAUCUGGCGUACGAUGCUUGAUCUCUUUCUGGUGUUCUUCUUCUUCUUCCGGCGUUCUUGUGAGUUUGUUUCAUCGACUUGGGGGCUAGCUAGCUCUAACACACCAGAGUACACAAUUAAUCUCUUGACCUGUGCGUGGCAUGGUAGCCUGUGUGAAGCUUCUUUUUAGGCUGGCUUCGAGUUAGGCAUCGGUACAUACCCUAGUACAUGGUGCAUGUGGUGGUGUGGUUUCGCAGGGCCAACUUUAGGAGACUUGUAGCAGUGGGGAGACAGAGGACUGAGCUACAGUUUGUUUGGUAACAACAAUGCAUGCAGUGUUUCAGCUUUGUGUGUAGUUGAUGCAAAUCUUUUGGGGACCGAGGCUUCCAAGUUUGUAACCUUGUAGUAUCUCUGAUACAAAAGAGUACAAGUACUAUAUAUUUGCUUACUCUUAUU